AUGUUCAAAAUCCAAGACUUCACCGGGAUGCAAUACUCCCGCGAUGGCCCAGUCAUUGGAAAACACGACUACGAAUACUUCAAUCAGCAAUAUGCCUCGUCAUCCCACCAGGUAGACCAUGACAUGAACCCAGCCCUCAUCGUACAGCCAAAGGAAGACACAGACACGUACAAGGACAUGAUGGUUAUUGACGCCAGUGGCAUUCCCGAUGAUAGAGCGUUGGUGUACAUCGGUGUGAGUAACAGAUUGCAAGAUUUCAAUGCCUACCUCCGACACAACGAUUUGUUCGUCCCACAUGGGCAAUGUGCCUAUGUGUGUACUGGUGGACAUGGCCAGACUGGAGGCUAUGGUCAACUCGGACGCAGCUUCGGUCUCUUCGGUGAUCAUAUUGUCAGCAUCCGCAUGGUUGAUAACAAUGGCUCCAUCCAAGAAGUCACCAAGAAGAGUGAUUCUGAGCUAUUUUACGCUAUACUAGGAGGAAGUCCUGGUAACUUUGGUAUCAUCACCCAUUACACCAUUGAGGUGUACCGCGGUGCAAGCUACAUGGGCACUGUCGCUGGACCCAACAACUUCAAGGGUCCUCACGGUUUGAAAGGCUUAUGGCUCUACGAGCCCAAGGUCCUUUCACGUCUUCUUGGUACCAUUGCCAAGAUGUCCGACGAUGGCACAGCACCUCGUGGCUAUGAUCUCUGUUGCAGUGUUCUCAGCACAGAGUUCCCCAUCACCAUGCUGUUCCCUUCGAUGCAAGAUGAUACCAUCUGGCAAAAGGUCCAGAACAAGAUCAAGAACGCCCUCAGUCAAGAGGUGCUCAACCUUCUCAAUGGUAGCUUUCCGGCUGUCAUUGUUCUCUAUGCUCAAUGGUGCCCUACUAGCAAGAGUGACAAGUAUGACGCCAGCGUGGACAAGUGGUUUCAGCAGUUCCGUGACUUCCAGAAGGACUGGAAAAACCACACUCUUCUGGAUCUUCCCUAUGUCAAGCGGACAUACGCCACCAAGUCACAGACACUUCAGAAGGAUGGAUGGGUCGAUGCCACUGUCAAACGGUUGGAUCUUAUCUUUAAUCCCCAGCAGAAACUCGGAGACGACAAGUCGGAUAAGGAAGGAGAAGUCUACGAUCACUGCAAGCUCUCCGUCCAGAUCCAAUGUUUCGGAGGUCAAAACUCCCGUUUCUUCGCCAACAAAGACAAUGGCACAUCGUACAGCUGGAGAGACUCGACCGUCGUGCAGACCCUCGACUGUUUCCACGACCCCGGUGAUCAGUACAGACAAUAUGCGAUCAACUGGCAGGCUAAGAAUGACUCCAUCAUGAUCGGACCCAAUAGUCCCUUCAGUAAGAAGGACAGACGUGUGCUUUGGGGCUCAUGGGGUGAUUGGGAUAUGAGCAAGCCUGAGAUCUGGCAGGCGUACUAUGAGGAUGCGGAGAAGUACAAGAGGUUGGGCAAGACGCGAGCGAGGGCUGACCCUGAUGGAACGUUUACUGCGAACCCUUUUGCAGUCGCAGCGGUGAAUGAUGGAGCCAAAUUGUAA